AUGCACCUGGAUCCGUUUUCGGUGCUCGACAGUGGUUUGGCGACUCUCACAUUGGCAGGCGGAACAUUGGCAUUCGUUUCUUUACUGUUGUUGCUUCCCAUCUUGGUGCGGCAGUUGGGCGGAUUGCCUGCCGAACAUGCUCCAAGAAAGCCUGACCAAGAUGCAGCCCCACCGUUGGCAUUGCUGCGUGUGACAGGUGCGCUAUGCAGUGGCGUCAUGGCAAACAUCACGUGUAUUGUGCUGACCGUCCAGACGGAAACUGAGCAGUUGACCACAUCUGGUUAUCUUCUGGCCAGUGAAUGCGUCGGAGCUGUGGUGGGCUUGCUGCUCUUCCGAUCCUUUGUGCUAGCUCAACUGCGAGUUGCCUACCAGCUCACGGCUGUAAGCAUGAUUGUGGGCAACGGGCUGUAUGCGUGGGCCUCCAUUCAAUCCAAGGGGCUGCUUGCAUUGUUCGCCAGCAGGAUGAUCACUGGCGUGGGGGCGGGAAGCAUGUACAACUCGGCUAUGGUGAUGGUCCAUUUCGCGCGGGGUCAACAAAAGACUCCGCACAUGGUGUUGUACCAAUUCUUCGUGGCCUUUGGUGUUUUGCUAGGCCCUGCUCUCGCCUCAGUCAGCUUACUUUUACUGCCAGGAACUGAGACCAAAGAUGCUUUGGCCAACUGCAUCAUGGUGGUCUGGGGAGCCGGGCUGUGGCUAGCAGUGGUGAUUGUGGUCCCAAGUGACAUCAGCACGUUCGAGGUCCAAGCCGGUUUGACAAAGUCAUCCGUCCUGGAGGCUUCCGAGGCCACAGAGACGUCUGAACUACCAGAGACAUCGACUCGGAGUGGGACGAUCAACGGCCUGGCUUUGUUUCUUACCCUCAUCGGCAGUGCCACGAUCAGGAUGGGUCAACGGCUACUUUGGGAGAGUGGCUCAGUCAUUGCUGUGGAGGUUACAUACGGCUGGUCCGCUUCCACUGCAGGUUUGGUGUUCAUUGUGGUCGUGGUGUCCAUGGCUGUUGCGCAGUAUCUUUUCUCGCAGCACGUGGCAGGCAAAUAUCCAGAUACAGUGUUGCUGCGCAGACUGGAAAUUACACAGCUGGUGGGUGUCUUGCUCAUGUUUCAACCUCUGCAGCUUCCAGUUGCCUUGAGCGUACUACAGUUUAUGGUGGCAUCUGUUCUUGCAUACUCUUCGAAUGCAAUUUGGUCCGGCGUGCUCACAUCAUUCUGUGUAAAGCGAUCACUUGCAAAUUCGUUCUUCAGUUCAGAAAAUCUUAUGCUUCUGAAUCAAGCGGCGAUUUUCCUUGGGAUAGCUGCCGGGAGCACAAUCAGCAGAGCGAGUCAGGAAGUCGUCCAGGGCGGACCUGCAUUAUCGAGUAUGAAUAUCUUGGCUGGCACACUCCUCGUUGGAGCACUGCUUCAGCUCAAUCUGUCACUCAUUACAAUCAGCGAGAUUUCAUUGGAUUUUUUUGUUGCCAUUGUGAGCCUGGGUUUGGGACUCGUGAUUCCAGUCGCCGCCCUGAUGCCUGCAUGGGGAGGUACAGGUCCUUCUCAUGUUUUUACCUGGCAUAUCGUCUGCAUGGGCAUGGCAUGGCCUUGUCUUUCCGUGCUGGGUUAUUGGAGCUACAAUGCUGACCUGAUGAGUGGACGCAGCAAGAACGGUCGGCGAACCAUCCACAUGCUCUGUAUGCUUGGAGUUGGCGUUCUUUCAAUUGCAGGAUAUGCUUCUCUUUUCGAAGCCCAUAGGCAGAAUGGAGAGGGCCAGUUCGGGGGCCUGAUGGUCGAGGGCAACAAGUGGACAUUGAAGCGUGGUGUGGGCCGCUUCAUCCAUGUUGCCAUCGGCUACCUGGUUGUUCUGGGAGUGCUGCUGCAAGCUGUCAUGGGCCUUUGGAAGCGACACGUCCUUCUCAACCAUGAUUUGAAGGCCGUCACGUGGCACGGCGGGUUUGGGCGUGUUCUUCUGACUUGUGGCCUAGUUUCGACCUGCAUUGGUGUUUGGCUUGAUAUUAAUGGGAAGGGUGGCUUCCCUCUGACACUGAAGCUUGGCAUCUCUGCAACUUUGCCUUGCCUUGGUGCGCUUGCCUUCUUCCGGGGCCCUGAAAUUUGA